AUGAUAGACAGACACGCUCAAUCCGGGUUGCCUCGAGGGUGCUUCAUUUGUCGAGCUUACCGAGCGCAAGACGCAAAGCUCCUUUCCCCAGGGCAACUAAGAUACGUAGCCAAGGCGGUCCGAAGACACAAUAAUAGACUCUUGCUGUGCCGGCAGAUCACUCGACAAGUCAGAUCGCAUCCCGUUCGAUCAACAUGCUCGACAUCCAAAUCGGUGACUGAUCUUCAGGAACCAUUUCAGGGCGGCGGACGCGACACAUUCCACCUGCCUCCCAGGUUACCAGAAGCCCCCGGCAAUGCGACUCUAGCUUGGAAGAGAACAAUCACAGCAACAACACAGGGCCAAGUGCUAUUCUUGGAGGCAAACCCAGUCCAGGACUCGCCGGGUCGUGCCACAAGGAAGCUCUGGACGCGGCUAUCUCCCUCUAGUUUUUGGCACUGGCGCCCUCGCGAACCAUACACAGCCGCGGUAGGGUCGACUCGUCGGAACCCCGGCUGUUUGGGCGGUAAGCAAGGACGGGACCUCUCUCAUGGUCGCCCUGCAGUAGUGGCAGCAGUCAGUCCGCCAGCUCCAGAAACCAUGGUCGCUUUGUCUGCCCCGAGUCCCCCUGACGAGGCUUAUGACGCGUUCGGAAUUGCCACAAGCCAUUGCUCCCGGUAAGCACUGCCCCAGUGGAGAAAAGCCGACAGAACGGCAAAAGGU